AUGCUUCUCCGCGCGAUUUCUUGCUCGUUUCUUAGUCUCCUGUCUCUUUCUAGACGCGUAAACGCCGAAGUGGUUGCAACCGAGGAUGGCGCUCAUCUUGUCAUUCAGAAUGACCGGCUAUACGCACGUGUCGACAAGGCCUCGGGGUCUAUGGAUGCCGUGGAGCUGGAUGGUCAAAACCUGUUAGGCACUCCUUCUGGAUCUACCGGCAAAUUCUAUUUGGACUGCUAUUGUACACCGCAAGGCUUCUGGACACCCGGAUCAUCGCAACCCACCUAUAAGCUAUACUCGGGAACAGACGUGGCAGGGAUAAGUUACGGAGGCAUCAAGAUGUCUGACACCUACACACCCACCGGCCAAAUUCUCGAGCAAUAUUGGUUCCUUAAGGAUGGCGAGACUGGCUUACACGCCUUUUCACGUCUUGCAUAUCACAGCAAGACCACACCCUUCUUGCGCAACCUUCAAGAAUUUCGGACUCUCUUUCGGCCAAACUCGAACAUAUGGACGCAUCUCGCGACUAAUGGAUUGCAAUAUGCCCCACUGCCUAGCAAGAAGGCUCAGGGAAGCCAGGUCGUGGUACAAGAUGCUACCUGGUACUUGGGUAACACGCCUGAUGACCCUUACGUUCAACAAGAAGCCGACUAUUUCACCAAGUACACAUUUCAAGACACUUGGAGGAAUCAUGAUGCCCACGGGAUGUACGCCGAUGGAUCCCAGACAUCGGACAAUUCAACGUUCGGAGCUUGGAUGGUGAUGAACACGAAGGAAACCUACUUCGGUGGUCCGUUGCAUUCUGACUUGGUUGUUGAUGGGAUAGUAUACGAUUACAUGGUGUCGAACCAUCAUGGAGAUCAAACGCCAAACAUAACCGACGGAUUUGACCGUACAUUUGGCCCACAAUACUAUUACUUCAACCAUUUUCCUGCUGGAACUGAUCUUCAGGUUCUUCGAGAGGACGCAGCGCAGUUCGCAGAUCCGGAAUGGAACGCCGAAUUCUAUGAUUCUAUCGCGGAAUACGUGCCCAAUUAUGUUCCUAGCAACAAGCGCAGUACCUGGAAAUUACACGUCGACCUACCUAAAAAUGCCAAAAAUGCCAUUGCCGUAUUGUCACAAAACGGCGUGGAUUUCCAGGACAAUGUUUCCGACAUCGAGGCUUACCAGUACUGGGCCGAGAUCAACGAAGCUGGCGAUUGCAAUAUUCCACGAGUGAAAGCUGGCACGUAUCGUCUCACGAUAUAUGCCGAUGGCAUUUUUGGACAACAUGUUCAAGACGAUAUCUUGGUGCGUGCCGGGCAAGUAGAGACUACUGAAGUCAAAUGGGAAGAAGAAAGUCACGGAAGCGAGAUCUUUCGCAUAGGCACGCCAGAUAAGAGUAGCGGCGAAUACCGGCACGGCUACGAGCGUGAUCCGACCCAUCCGCUUCAUCCGGAGCAGUAUAGGAUCUAUUGGGCUGCUUAUGACUUCGUGGAUGACUUCCCGAACGGCGUUACUUUCAAAGUUGGCGAGAGUGAUGUCUCCAAAGACUUGAAUUAUGUUCACUGGAGUGUGUUUGGAGGCUAUGCCAACUCCCUCCGUCCUACAUCGUAUUACGGCGACGGCAAUGUCAACAACUGGACUAUCGUGUUUGACUUGGACAAGUCUCAGAUAGAGCAGAAGAAGACAGCGACUUUCACAGUUCAAUUAGCUGGAGCCAAAACUGCUGCAGGCAACACGGAUGUCUUCAACGCAUCCGAGCCCCACGCCAAUUUGGCAUAUACGGUUAAUAUCAACGGAAAGGAUCUUGAGCCUUGGGUGAUCCCCUGGCACCAUAGCUCCUCCUGCGCUGUGCGAUCCGCUGUCAUCUGCUAUAACAUCGGAAACAAGUUCGCCUUUGAUACGGCCUUGCUCAAAGAAGGCGAAAAUGCAAUCAUACUGAGCCUACCGUUCAACGCGACGAAUUACGAAAGCGCGGUGCUGCCCAACUCCGUAUAUGUUCAAUACGAUGCACUAAGGCUAGAGGUCGCUAACGCUCUGUAA